AUGCAGGAUGAUUACCGCUGCCGGCACUCCGGCCCCCGCGUCAGAUUACACUUCGUCUCCCUUAUCGUGGCCUGCGUUCUCAGCCAUUACCUUCCCACGAGCUGUGCCCAGCUGUCAUCCGUGGUCGGCGGCGACGGGGACGGUGGCGCCGCGGAGCACCCCUCCGUGUACAUCGUCCAUGUGAGGAAGCCCAAGCGGAUGCUGUACGCGGGGCCGAAGAAACUGGAGGCCUGGCACCGGUCUUUCCUACCGUCCCCUGCUCUCGACUCCGGCGAGCCGCGGCUGGUCUUCUCGUACAGCAGGGCCAUGAGCGGGUUCGCUGCAAGGCUCACGCCGGAGGAGGCGGAGACCAUGGCGGCGAAGGACGGCGUCCUCGGAGCGGUCCGAGACCGGGCGCUCCUUCCGCAGACGACGCACACCCCCGAUUUCCUCCGCCUGCGGCCGGACAUGUGGCGUGCCGCCAACCGCGGGGAGGGGAUCAUCGUCGGCAUGGUGGACACCGGCAUCAACCCCGACCACGUCUCCUUCGAGGGCGCCAAGGGACGGCGCCCGCCGUGGAAGUGGCGGGGGUACUGCGAGUUCUACGGCCGCCGCACCUGCAACCGCAAGCUCGUCGGCGCGAGGAGCUACUACGCCGGGGGCGGCGAGGCGGCGCAGCCGCUGCCAUACGAUGUCGAUGGGCACGGGACGCACACGGCGGGAGCGGCAGUGGGUAAGGAGGUGGGAGGCGCCGGGGUCUACGGGUAUGCCGACGGGACGGCGGCGGGGGCGGCCCCGGCGGCGCAUCUGGCCAUCUACAAAGCGGCGACGGUGGCGGAGGUCUUGGCCGCGAUAAACCAGGCCAUCCACGACCGCGUGGACGUCCUCUGUCUCCCCAUGGCUUCCCCGGAGGGGGGCGCCCCUUAUUUCCUCGACGGCGUGGCGAUCGGGGCGCUGGCGGCAGUGCGAGAGGGGAUCCUCGUCGUCGCCGCCGCAGGCAACUACGGGCCCUCGCUGGGGACCCUCCGCAACGAGGCACCCUGGAUUAUGACCGUUGCGGCCAGCACCACCGAUAGGGUCCUGAGAGCGUCCCUCCGUCUUGGGAAUGGGCAGGAGUUCGCCGGAGAGUCUAUCUUCCACGACGACACCGACAACAUAUUCGGCCAAUUGCCCCUAGUCUACCCCACGGCAAAACGGCUACCGGCCGCCAUGGCGUGCUCCGACCUGCGCGGCGUCAAAGCAGUCGGGAAGAUCGUCCUCUGCCACACCGGCGGCAACAUCAGCGCCGCAGAGAAGGCCAAGGCCGUGAAGGAUGCCGGAGGAGUCGCCAUGGUGAUGAUGAACUCCCAGAAAAGGGGCUUCACCAUCGCGGAGCUCCCCGACGUCGACCUCCCCACCGUGGCCGUCGACUACAACACCUCGCUCCAGCUCGUCGACUAUCUCGCCCACUCCCUCCACCCGACGGCGGCCGUCGUCCCUGGCGGCACCGCCUACCAGGCGCAACGGGCCCCCGCCGUGGCUGGGUUCUCCUCGCGGGGGCCGAGCGCCGUCAACGGGGGGAUCCUCAAGCCCGACGUGCUCGCCCCCGGAGUAAGCAUCGUCUCGGCAUCGCACACGACGAAGACAGGCUUCUUUCUCGACUCCGGCACCUCCGUCGCCGCUGCCCACGUGGCCGGCGUCGCGGCGAUCGUGAAUAGGUCCAACCCGGACUGGACGCCGGCCAUGAUUCGGUCAGCGAUCAUGACCACAACCACGCUCAUGGACCGCGCCGGCGACCCCAUUGCCGACCAGACCGGCUCAGCGGCGAACCUGCUCGCAACGGGCGCCGGGCAGGUCGACCCGCCGAGGGCCACCGACCCCGGACUCGUCUACAACGUUGACCUCGGCGACUAUGUCCGCUACCUCUGCGGUCUGGGCUACACGGACACGCAGGCAUCAAUCACCGCCGGCUAUUCGGUGCAGUGCGCCGCAGUCGGGAAGGUCACCCCGGAGCAACUGAACUACCCGUCCAUCGCGGCAAGGCUGGCGGCAUCUUCCCCCGGCGACACGGCAACCGUGCGGCGAACCCUGACCAACGUUCUCCAGUGCUCCACCUCCACGUACCGGGCGAAGGUGGAGCUGCCGCCGGGGGUGACAGCGAAGGUCUCCCCCCGCCGGCUCUUCUUCUGGAGGCGAGGCCAACGGCGGAGGUUCACGGUGACCUUCUCCUUCGAUAACUCCUCCGCUGCGGUGAUUCGGGGGGACGUCCAGGGGGGGCGGCUGUGGUGGUACUCCGGCACGCAUGUAGUAGCCACCCCCCUCCUCAUCACCGUCGUCUAA